GAAAAACCUGAGGAAUUUGGCUGUUACGGAUAAGGUUCAAAAACCUGGUGGUUGUGUUGGUAUUUUCUUUCAGCUUAUUGAUUGGAAGAAGAGACUUGUUAAGAAAAAGCUCUUCUCAAAGAAACUUUUGACACCUGGUCGUGCUAAAAAAUUUAGGGGAGAUGAAAAAAUGCCAAAUUCCAAACUUCACUUGAUUGCUAAUGAGAAUAGUGGAGGUUUUCCAAAAGGUGGGAGUCAUGGUGUGGAUGUAGAACGAAAGAGUGAAAUGCGAGUUCCGAGUUUGGUAGCUAGGUUGAUGGGUUUAGAUUCUAUACCAGCUGCUUAGCGAGAGAAAUCGAAGAAAGCUUUCUGUCCUGAUUAUAGUUUUAGUGACGGGGAAGAGUGUUUGAGUAAUCAUUGUGAGUUGGAUAGGAAAGGUAAAGAUUUGGAAAUGAGAGUUGUAAAGCAUGAUUCAAGACCUCAUAAGCUUCAGAAAACUGGAGUGUGUGAGAAAAAGGCCGUGACUAGGUUUGGAGCCGAGGCCCUUCAUAUUAAGAGUGUUUUGUUGCGAGCGAAAAAGCAUAACCACCAGCAUCAUCCAAAGCUUGCUUCUCCUUUGAAGAGUCCUAGAAUUACUUCUGGAAAAAGUGCUUCUCGAAGCUCUAGGUUAAUGGGAGUUGCUGCUAAGAUUUUGGAACCCGGAUUGCAGGCAAGUAGAGGUAAAGGCACUCUGACGUAUCAUGCUUCCGCUUGUCCUCUCAAGGGUGGCAUUGUAAAAGGUGGUGUAGGAAAUGCGAUAAUGCCAAAUCAUUCCUGUUACGUUUCCAGCGCAUCCAAAACUUCAAUGGGGCAGACUUCUUGCAAGAAUUGUGGCAAUUUGCUUGAUGUAAUUGACUGCAAGGCCGAGGUUAGGGGACCACUUGAUGUUCCCCCACCUACUGUUUCAGCUGUGAUCACUGCUACCUCGAUGGUAUCGUCGUGUAAGAAGGGAAUGCCGAUUACUCCCUUUCAUGGACAAGGAAGAGAUAUUGUACUUCUGAGAAGUCAGGAAAAAUUCGCAUCUCAUGUUACGGAUGGGGAGGAGGAAAAUUAUGCACAACAGUCGUGGAAUGAAACGACUACCAUAAGAAUUCCAAUGCCCCGCGAAGGUCCGGCUCAAUGGAGUUCGAAUUCAUCAUGCCGACCAAUAAGGGCCCAAGAGGAUGAUGCAUCUUCUUUUGCCUACAAACGCAAAGCACAAGAAUCGAAAUUAAGCAGUGAAAGCUCUUCAUCUGGAUCUAGAAUGUGUAGUAUGCAAGUAAAAAGAGUAUCAUCGUGUGCAAACACUACAAGUGGGACUAAAGACUUUGUUGCUUUGAAUAGAAGCAUCAUUGGUCAAACGAGGAUGAGGUCGCCUACUAAAGUUGACAGUUCCAAAUUUGACUUAUCACAUAAGUAUGGUUUAAUGGUUUUGAUAGUGUUGUAUGUAAAACUAAGAUAA